AUGAAGGAUCGAGAACGGAAGAGAGCCAAACUUAGCACACUCGAGAUCAGAGGAGAUGGCGGCGCUGUGCUCUCUCAGCGAGUCCGGUCGGACCUCAGGGUACGCGAGCUGCUGGCGUCCUGGGCGGCGUAUCUGGAGAGACAUGACAGCAAUAUCGCCAUUGACGUGCAGCGCAUAGACGGGCAUGCGCUGGACGCUGAUGAGCGCCUGUUCAGCGUCCCGGGGUGUCAGCAUGGGCACAUCGCUCUGCAAGCAGCGAGGAAGCCGCAGCAAGAACAGGCCGCGGCAGAGAUGACGGUGGAGACGGUACGACGAGCAUACGCCCAGCGGCUCGGUGUCAAGCCCGAAUCUUUCUGGCGUGUACCGACGUACAUGCAAGUAGGACAGCUCAUCGAGGACGACCCAGAGAAGCUGUUCUUCGAGACGCAGUACACUACUUCGGGACCAGCUGAAUAG